UUUGGUGCCGUGACUCGGAUAGAGACUCCCGGAGUGAUUGGUUGAGAUACAGACCGUCUCCUCACUGAUGCCCCGGCAGCAAACUAAGGCAAGAAACCUUUUGAAAUCUCUACUGAGUCUUUUCAGUGAGAGACUGCCUGUGUGUCUUCCUGUUCGCUGCUUGAGGCUUACCCUAUUCGGCCCUUUUGCUGCCAGAAUUGUCAGACCCACUAUGUAAGUAGGAACUGUGAAUUAAGGUUAAAGAAAACUCAAAGAAACUGUGUUGCUGUUGUCAGUGAAUGAAUCCCCGUGUGAAUUGAGUUAAGUUCUGCAAAGAACUAUGAGGUCUUUCUGAAGCUAGGAGAGGAAACCUUGUGCAGCCGCCCCGAGGACACCAGACUUGUUCUGUGUGCUCCUCGAAAGCAAGGGUGCAAGGUGGAAACUCUUAGACUGAAGGAGAUCAGGGUCGUGUGACAAAUUUUCCCUACCCCCACUCUCAUGAAUGAGCCGUGUCUAACAGUGAGCAACUGCAUUGUGUGCCGGUGCUAUGGACAUUAGCCACAGCAUUUCUGUGCUGCUAGCAAAUCUCACGACCUGACCGGACACCCUCAAUAAGCCUCUCCUGUGUGAAAGACCUGUGGGAAUUGAGGUUAAGGAUAUGGGGAGUGGAGGGUCUAAAGAGGUACUGGCUCUGGCAGAAGGGACUCCAGCAUUGUACAUGUACACACACUAUGACCAUAAGAGUUGUAAGUGUCUAGACAAAUGGAACUGGUAUACCAGGGAUGAUGCUAGCUUGCAAUUUCCUCUGGAGGGAACAUUUGAUUUAAGAAAAAUCUUUCAUUUCCUCGGAGCCCUUGAGUCAAGAGGCAGUAAAACACCACAGACCCACUGGGAUACAUUUUUGAUUGGUAUUCAGAAGCUUCCAAAAGACGUUAAGAAUCUCAAGUUCGCAGCCUGAAGGACUCCCAAGAAAAAAUAAAUCUCAGAUAAAAGAAUUAAAACAGAAAAAUGCACCAAAAGGGGAUCCCCCAUCAACAACAUUAUCAGCACCAACACAACUUUAUCCACAAUUGACUGAGAAUGAAUCUGUAGAAGACCUAAUUGAUUUUUUUUAGUGUGCCACCCCCAUACCAUAGAUUCAUAAAUGCUAGGGUCGGAAGGGACCUCAAUAGAUCAUCAAGUCCGACCCCCUGCAUACGCAGGAAAGAGUGCUGGGUCUAGAUGACCCCAGCUAGAUGCUUAUCCAACCUCCUCUUGAAGACUCCCAGGGUAGGGGAGAGCACCACCUCCCUUGGGAGCCCGUUCCAGACCUUGACCACUCGAACUGUGAAGAUCCCUUUCUGCUUCCGUUCCACCCAGCAGGUCAUUCCCUAGGCUGUAGGUGUGCUGGACAUCUUUCCUCCCUAGGUGCAGCACUUUGCAUUUCUCCUUGUUGAAUUGCAUUCUGUUGUUUUCUGCCCAUUUGUCCAACCUGUCCAGGUCUGCUUGUAGUUGUCCACUUCUCCCCACAGUUUUGUGUCAUCCACAAAGUUGGACAGAGUACACUUCAGUCCCUCAUCCAAGUCGCUGAUGAAGACAUUGAAGAGUAUUGGUCCAAGGACCGAGCCCUGCGGGACCCCACUGCCCACACCCUUCCAGGUCGAAACCGACCCAUCCACCACGACUCUCUGGGUGCGACCCUCUAGCCAAUUAGCCACCCACUGGACUGUGAAGUCAUCCAAGUCACAGCCUCUUAACUUGUUCACCAGUAUGGGGUGGGAUACCGUAUCGAAGGCCUUCCUGAAGUCCAAGUAUACGACAUCCACCCCUCCUCCUGUGUCCAGGCAUUUCGUAACCUGGUCAUAGAAGGAGACUAGUUUGGUCAGGCACGAUCUGCCCGCCACAAACCCGUGCUGGUUUCCCCUCAGCAUAAUUUGUCCUGUUGGGCUCUCACAAAUGUGAGCCUUGAUAAUUUUUUCAAAGACUUUGCCAAGGAUGGAGGUGAGACUGACCGGCCUAUAGUUGCCCGGGUCCUCCUUCCUCCCCUUCUUGAAAAUGGGGACCACAUUAGCCCUUUUCCAGUCCUCCGGGACCUGGCCCGUGUGCCAUGAGCGUUCAAAUAUUCCCGCCAGUGGCUCUGCAAUGAUGUCGGCCAGUGCCUUCAGCACCCUCGGAUGGAGCUCAUCCGGGCCUGCCGACCUAAAUGCAUCCAGUUCCUCCAAGUGCCUCUGCACCAUCUCAGGGUCUACGCACGGCAGUCUGGCGCUUUGCUGCUGCCUCUCUACAACCCCAGUGAGAGACUUGUUGUGCCCCUCACUUAGGAACACUGAGGCAAAGAACUCAUUGAGGAGUUCAGCCUUGUCCCCCCUGUCUGUCACCAAUUGUUUCUGCCCAUUUAGCAGGGGUCCUAUUCCUCCCUGGGCCUUCCUUUUACUCCCAAUAUAGCUAAAAAACAAUUUUUUGUUGUCCUUUACCUGGGAUGCCAUCCUCAGCUCCAUGGUAGCUUUGGCCUAUCUAACUGCCUCCCUACAAGCGCGAGCAGAGGAGGUAUACUCCUCUUUGGUGAUCUCUCCCUGUUUCCACUUCUUAUGUGCUCCCAUUUUGGCCUGUAGGCUGUCCUGGAUUUCUCUGGUCAGCCAAGGAAGCCUCCUGGCCCCUUUCCCUCUUUUUCCUCGCAUUGGGAUCAUCUCCCUCUGUGCCCGAAGGAUCAUUUCCUUAAGGCACAGCCACCCUUCCUCAGCUCCCAUCACUUCAAAACUCCUACUCUGCAGUGCGUCCUUGACUAAUCGCCUGAGUUCAUUGAGAUCAGCUUUCCUAAAGUCUAGCACUUUCACCCUACAAGUUACCUUACCCACUCGAUGUCUUAUGAAGAAUUCUAUUAUUUGGUGAUCACUGUCCCCAAGGUGACCACCGAUCUGUAGGUCCCCUACCAUAUCAUCCCCCGUUGCCAAUACCAGAUCCAGUAAGGCAUUUCCCCCCCAGUGCGACCAUGUACCUCCUGUGUCAGGUGGAGGUCCUGUACACAGGUUAGAAACCUACGUGAAUGGUGGGACUUUGCUGUCUGCGUCUCCCAGCAGAUGUCUGGGUAGUUUAGGUCCCCCAUGACUGCCGCCUCCUUAGUUUUUAUGGUCUCCGAGAGCUGCCUCAGGAGCCCCGAAUCUAGUUCUUCCCCUUGAUGUGGGGGUCUGUAGCAGACCCCUACCACCAAAUCCCUUUCUCCUUUCCCCCCAUGUAGUCUAACCCACAAUCCUUCUACUUUCUCCUCCUUCGAUUCCGUCUUGAUGAGGGUCGAUGUAUAUUGCUGCUUGACAUAGAGCGCAAUCCCUCCCCCUUUCUUCCCCACCCUGUCCUCUCUGUACAGCCUAUAACCGUCAGUAUGUACCGCCCAGUCAUGGGACAAAUCUCACCAGGUUUCUGUUAGCCCUACUAAGUCGUAGGUGUUUUCUGCAAGCAGGAGCGCUAGUUCAUCCUGCUUGUUCCCCAUGCUCCUAGCAUUAGUAUAUAGGCACUUGAGCCCUGUGACUGGUGCCUUUGCUGCCCCCCAGCUCCGAAUCCCAAGGGGCCUCUUAUUUCUUACCUUCUCAUUGCUUACCUGUUCUGUAUUGCUGGCCGCCCCAUGGAUUGCACGUUCCUGAUGUUCUCCUUCUUCAGGCUGGGCUGUCCUUGUGGGUGCCACAUGGUUUGGUGGUCCACAGCUUCCCCCACCCUCAUCUUCCCCUCCCCCUGACGAGCCUGGUUUAAAGCCUGCUGGAGGAGAUCCACCAACCUAGAAGAGAACACACGCUUACCUUUGGGGGACAGGUGAAGCCCAUCCCAACUGAGCAUGUCCCUCGUCAUGAUGUGUGGGUCGUUGUCUAGGAAGCCAAAGCCUGCCUCGAGACACCAUUGCCAAAGCCGCCAGUUGGUCUCUCUAAUGCAUUUCUCAUGCUGUCUUCCACAUCCGCUCACUAGUAGGAUGGAAGAGAAUACCACCUGUGCACCAAUCUCCCUCAGCACGCUGCCCAGAGCACUGUAGUCCAUCAUCAGGUGAUUGGCGGUUCUCCUGGCCUCAUCAUUAGUACCCACAUAGACCAGGACCAUGGGGUAGUAAUCGGUGGGCUUGAUCCUGGCCUGGAUUACCUCCGUCAUGUCCCGAUCACUUGUCGCCUCCUCCCCUGGGUCCGCUUGGAUCUCUUGACCUGUUCAGAGUGUGGAGAAUGUGGCUUUUGUUCCUGCCCAGAGGUUUCCUUCUCUCCUUCCAUCUCCUGCAGGGUCGCCAGGGCCUCGUACCUAUUCUCUAGUCGGACUGGAGGAACUGGUACGGGUUUGCUGCAAGCAGCUCCAGUCCUGGAUGUGACCGUCUGCCACUCUGCUGUGGAGGGUACUCCCUGGGAUGCUUCUUCCUUAGGUGCCUGGUCCUGCAGGGAAAGGAAAUAACUGUCAAAGGUCGGCGGCUCUUGUUCUCCCGGUGUUCCUGGGAGCAUUUCAUGCAUCCUGGAGUAGACUGACCCUGCAUUUCCUGGCCAACCCCAACGUGUGGACAUGACCCAACACCAGCAUCCCUCCAGAUCCUUUCCCAGCGAGCAAUGUCACGGUGCCAUGAUCACCACCGGCGCUGGGGCAGUUCUAGGGGAUCGUCUCCAGUCUCUUGCCAGUGGAACAAUGAGUCUCCCUUCUCCCCCCUCUCCACACACUGCAGCCUCCAGCUCCCUUCAUCCCAGGCCAGUCCAGGAGAUAAGCAGGACUUUCCCUGUGCCACCACCCCAGGGCUCACCUGUGCACUCUCUUCCCACCUGCAGGUGCCGGGACCCUGAGCAGAGUGGAUCAGCAGCCUCCAGAGGAAGAGCCUGUAAACCUGGAGCUGCAGAGACCCUCCCCAGGGAGACAGGGACAGAGCGGCUCCCUGACGCCUGGGCUGGGCCAGCUGCAGGAGGGGCAGGGCAGGCUGGCGAAGCAGGGGCAGAGCAUGGAGCUCCAGGAGGUGUUUGAGGACUUGGCAGUGUAUUUCACACGGGAGGAGUGGGAGCUGCUGGAAGAGGAAGACAAGGGGCUUUACCGGGACCAGAUGCUGAGGAACUACCAAGCCCUCGUUUCCCUGGGUAAACCUCUGGUUCUUGCCUUGCCCUGGAGCCAUGUGAGCUCUGCAGUGGUGUUGUCGUCUCCCUGCUUUUAACAGUCUCAUCCUUGUGAGCCUUUGGCCAGUGGCUUAAAUCCCUUUGUUCCAUAGUUUCAUAGUUUCAUGGUUGGUCGGGUCGGAACAGACCUUGACAGAUCAUCAAAUCCGAUCCCUGCCAUGGCAGGAAAGAGCACUGGUGUCAAACGACCCCAGCAAGGUGUUCAUCAAGCCUCUUCUUAAAGACCCCCAGGGUUGGAGCCAGCAGCACUUCUCUUGGAAGUUGGUUCCAGAUCCUAGCCACCCUGACUGUGAAGUAUCACCUCCUGAUGUCUCGUCUGAAUCUACCCUCUCCCAGCUUGUGACCGGUAUUUCUAGUCACUCCUGGUAGUGCUCGGGGGAACAGGGACUCCCCCAAUGCCUGCUGGUCCCCCUGACUAGUUUGUAAUAGGCCACUAGAUCCCCCUCAGCCUUCUCUUGUGGACGCUGAACAGGUUCAGGUCCUGCAGCCUCUCCUCGUAGGGCCUGCCCUGCUACCCCCUGACCAUGCGAGCGGCCCUCCUCUGGACCCUCUCCAGGCUGUCCACAUUCCUCCUGAAGUGUGGCGCCCAGAACUGGACGCAGUACUCCAACUGCGGCCUGACCAGUGCCGCAUAGAGGGGGAGGAUCACCUCCCUGGACCUGCUCGAGAUGCAUCUGUGGAUCCAUGACAAGGUGUGGUUGGCCUUCCUGACCGCGUCCCCACACUGUCAGCCCAUGUUCAUUUUGGCAUCAAUAAUGACUCCAAGAUCCUUUGCUGCUGCUGCACUGACGAGAAGGGAGUUCCCCAGCCUGUAGGUCUGCUGCUGGGUCUUCCUCUCCAGGUGCAGCACCUUGCACUUGUCAGUGUUGAAUCUUCCUGUUCUUAUCCACCCACCCCUGUAACCUGUCUAGGUCCGAUUGCAGCCUAUUCCUCCCUUCUAGCGUGCCUACUUCCCCCCACAUCUUAGUGUCAUCUGCGAAUUUGAACAGGGUGCUUUUUACCCACUUGUCCAAGUUUAUGAUGAAGAUGUUGAACUGUGCGGGUCUGAGUACCGAGCCCUGGGGGACCCCACUGCCCACAUCCCUCCAGGUCGAAAAUGACCCGUUCACCACCACUCUCUGGGUGCAGCCCUACAGCCAGUUAGUGACCCAUUUAACUGUGUAGGUGUGGAUGCCACAGUCCCUUCGUUUUUUUUUAAUGAGAAUAAGGUGAGAGACAGUGUCCGAGGCCUUCCUGAAGUCCAGAAAGACUAUGUCCACUGCUACCCCUGCGUCUAAGCAUUUUGUGACCUGGUCGUAGAAGGCCACCAGGUUGGUCUGACAGGACCUGCCUCUAAUGAACCCGUGUUGAUUGCCCCAAAGCAUAACCUCCCCUGCCAGCCCCUCGUGGACAUGCACCAGGAUAACUCUCUCAAAAAGUUUCCCCAGGAUCAAGGUAAGAGUAACUGGCCUAUAGUUGCCUGUGUCCUCGUUCCUCCCUUUUUUGUAAUUGGGAACCACACUGGCCCUUUUCCAGUCCUCUCGUACCACACUAGAGCACCACGAGUGCUCGUAAAGCCAUGCCGGGGUACCGCAAUGACCUCUGCUAAUUACCUCAGCACUCAGCGGUGGAGGUCGUCAGGACCAGCUGAUUUAAAUACAUCCAGUCCCUCCAGAAGAUCCCUGACUAGAUGCUCCCUGCUCUGUCCAUGAUCUCGCUGCUUCCCUCUGCUCUGUCCAUGGUCAGACGUCUCACAUUUCAGACUUGUAUAUAUUCCUUCUUCAUUUGAUCCAGCCUCCUUGAUAACAUGAUUUCCCAUUGCCUUCUCACUAUGACCAUAUCAUUUGCCAUUCGUUGUGCCUAAAAAUGCACUAACAGCUGUUGCUUGUGCAGUUAUUCUGAUUUCCUCCCUCUCUUGCCUAGUGUGUCCUGUCCAAGCUCAUUUCCACUCAUUUGCCUGGAAUUGCACUGGUGUUUGCUUCCUAUGCCCAUACGUCCACUACCUGGAUGAAAAGGGCCAUCCUCUUCCCCCUGCUAUGCCUUCCCUUUCAUCCUAAAUGUCCAUCCUCCCUUGUCCUUCAAGUCCUUAGUAUAAUCCGUGAGUUCAUUGGCUCCAUUCCCCAAAUUUCAGUUGCUUAUUCUGCAUCCAGUACCAGUGGAUAAAAUCUCUUUAACCACUGCCCAAACAGGAUAUCGAGGCCCUGCCCCUCACUUGAUCUUCCGCAUCUAGGGAGGACAGGUGGAGCUCUGGGUCUGUGAUGAUGAGGACCAUGGGGCAAUCCCAAGGUCGGAGGACGUGCUGCCAGGACAUGCCUGGUUGCUGAGCAGAACCAAGAAGCAGGCUCCUGAGGAAGGGCCUGGAAAGCUGGAGCCACCAUGGGCUUCCCUGGGGAGUGUGGGUGAGGUGGAUUCCCUGACCCAGCAAAUAACCAGUGGCACAAGGGUCAGGGGAUGCCCCCAAAGCAGGAGACUAUAGCAGUGAACAUGCUCCCAACUCUAGUUGGGCAUUGGAGUGAAGAAGGGAAAGAAGCCAGAAACAGCCUGAGGUGCAGGGAAUAAUACGUCAUGCUGAGACACCUGAAGAGGCAAAAAGGAAAUGUCCACUGGAGAGAGACACUGCAUGCAAACCAGGGCAGUGUGGGGGGCCUCAGAGGGAAGCAGGAGCCCACCACUAAGCCCAGGGGGAGAGCCCACUCCUGCUCUCAGUGCAGGAAAAGUUUUAGCUGCCCCUCACGCCUGGCUCUGCACAAGAUAAGGCACGCUGGGGAGAAGCCCCAUGUACACGCCACGUGUGGGAAGAGCUUCACCUCCCUCUCGACCCUGGCUGCUCACCACCAGAUCCAUUCUGGACAGCUCCCCCACCGCUUCACCAAAAGGGGGAAGAGCUUUGUGCACAGCUUGGAGCUGCUCAAAACCCAGGAUGUACACAGGAAGAAGCAUCAGUACUUCUGCGUCACAUGUGGUAAGACCUUCACCCAUUUCUUCUCCCUGGUUCAGUACCGGCGCUUGCACUUGAGGAGGAAGACACAACGUUGCACCGAGUUCAGGAAGAACUUUAUCAGCUGCCAAGGCAUCUCCCAAUAUCGGUGUGUCCUGAGGAGGCAGCAGCCACACUGCUUCACAAAGUGUGGGAAGAGCUUCAGGCAGCCCUCCAGCCUGGCCAGGCACAGGUGCAUGCAGACACGGGAGAAGCCUCAUCAUUGCUCUGUGUGUGGGAAGAGCUUCAUCUCCUCUUCCAAGCUGGCCCAACACCAGGUUGUCCACACAGGGGAGAAGCCACAUCAGUGCUCUGCAUGUGGGAAGAGCUUCACCCAAUCCUCCACCCUGGCCCGGCACCAGCGCAUCCACACUGGCGAGAAGCCAUAUCAUUGCUCUGAGUGUGGGAAGAGCUUCAGUUAUUCCUCCACCCUGGCCAAGCACAUGCGGAUUCACAUGGGAGGUAAGCCAUAUCAGUGCUCUGAGUGUGGGAAGACCUUCAGCCAAUACACCAGCCUGGCCCAGCACCACCUCAUCCACACAGGAGAGAAGCCAAAUCAGUGCUCUGCAUGUGGGAAGAGCUUCACCCACCCCUCCAGCCUGGCCCAGCACCAGCGCAUCCACACUGGCGAGAAGCCAUAUCAGUGCUCUGAGUGUGGGAAGAGCUUCAGUUAUUCCUCCUCCCUUGCCAUGCACAAGUGCAUUCACAUGGGAUAUAAGCUACAUCAGUGCUCUGAGUGUGAGAAGAGCUUCAGUUAUUCCUCCAAACUGGCCCACCACCAGUGUGUCCACAUGGGGGAGAAGCCACAUCAGUGCUCUGAGUGUGGGAAGAACUUCAGUUAUUCUUCCUCGCUGGCUAGCCACCAGCACUUCCACACAGGAGAGAAGCUAUGUCAGUUCUCUGAGUGUGGGAAGAGCUUCACUUGCUCCUCUGGCCUGGCCAACCACCAGCGCAUUCAUACGGGAGAGAAGCCAUAUCAGUGCUUUGAGCAUGGGAAGACCUUCAGUUAUUCUUCCUCCCUGACCAAGCACCAGUGCGUCCACACAGGGGAGAAGCCAUAUCAGUGCUCUGAGUGUGGGAAGAGUUUCAACAUCCUCUCCAGCCUGGCCUGGCACCAGCGCAUGCACAAAGGGGAGAAGCCACAUCAUUGCUCUUAGUGUAGGCAGAGCUUCACCUACUCCUCCAGCCUGUGCUGAACACCAGUGCAUCUACACAGGGGAGAAGCUACAUCGGUGCUCUGAGUAUUGGAAAAGCUUCCCCCAUCUCUCCCACCCAUCCUGGAAUCAGCACAUGCACACCCAGAAGCAUCCCUAAUUCUGCCAGCAGUGCAGGAAGGGCUUGGAGAUGUCUGCCUGCUCAGCACCCACCAGUGGUGCAUUCAGACAAACACCCCCAUGCUGGUGGCCUGCAGAAAGAUUUCCCCCAGGCUUUGUCCCUUGUAGGGUACAGUGGGAGUCCAGAUCCCAGAUGCUGGCCCCCAAGGUAUGGUUGUGGGGGGCAGGGGGCUAAAAGGAGACACCUCAGGCUGAAGUCAACUCUGAUGUGGGUGGAGGAGAUGACGAGGAGAUGAUCUUUGCAUCAGCCUUGGAGCCUGUGCAUUCCCCAUCAUUCUCUAACAGUAUUCCCAGGGAAGAAGGGCCUUCACGCUAGGGUGCCCUCUCCCAGACGGCUGACUUCAAAUGACACCCAGGGAUUUUCCUUAGCUGCCUCCCAACUUUCUCCUUCCUCCUGGUCCAGGGGUUGUGGUAGAUGAGCCCCUGAGUUGCAGGGAGGAGUGCAUUUAUGGCUGGGGAAGCAUUCCCUACCCUCCUCCCUGACCUUGCCUUUCCUCACCACCACAUCACCCCUCUUCCAGACCUGCCCAUGCCCAGUGGGGUCUGCCAGGAGCUGCUUCUACCACCUCUGGAGCUUUAUUCACAUGUUUUGCUUGUCAGCCUCUGCAGAACUGUGCAACACGGGGGGCGUGCUGCUCCCCUGACCUCCUCCCCUUCAUUGUAUUUUCUCUCAUGCAUUCCCUGCUACUAAAGCAACAGAACUGGACACACCA